AUGACAAGAAGAAAAGGAAAAGCUGUUGUUCAAGGAUCACCAAAAAGUAGCACUCAAGUGAACAAUCCCAUCAAAGACACUGUCAGAAGGAAGAGUACUUUUGCUGGACCUGUCAAGAGCAAAGCUGUUACCAAAAGCAAAGGAGUUGGUCCCUCAAAAUCUUGGAGCAGGGUCAUUCCAAAGAAAAGAAAAGAGCGGGAAAUUGUUGAACCUGAAUCUGAUGUUGAAGCAAAUGUCCCAGACAUUCCAUCAAGGAAGAAGCCUACAACCAGUAAACUUGCUGCUAACAUCCCUGAAGUCCCCAUUGAUAAUGUGUCUUUCCACUAUGCCUCUAGUGUUAGCAGAUGGAAAUAUGUUCUCCAAAAGAGGUUGGCUGUUGAAAGGGUAUUGGCUCCAAAUGCUCUUGAAAACAAGGAGGUCUUAGAGCUGAUUCAAGAAGCUGGACUGCUAAAAACUAUAUGCAAUCUUCCCAAAUGCUAUGAGAAGCUGGUCAAAGAAUUUGUAGUAAACCUGUCUGAAGAUUGUGGCAAUAACAAAAGUGCAGACUACAGAAAGAUGUUUGUAAGAGGUAAGUGUGUAUCAUUCUCUCCUUCUGUGAUUAAUCAAUUCUUGGGAAGAACAGAUGAAGCUCAAACCGAGCUGGAAGUAGCAGACAACCAAGUCUGUCAAGUGAUCACAGCCAAGCAGGUAAAAAGUUGGCCCAUGAAAGAGAAACUCACUGCAAGCAAGUUGAGCAUCAAGUAUGCAAUGCUUCACAAAAUAGGAGCAGCUAAUUGGAUUCCAACAAAUCACAACUCCACUAUCUCAACUGUGCUUGGUAGAUUUCUGUAUGUUGUAGGAACAAAGGCAAAGUUUGAUUAUGGAGCAUAUAUUUUUGACCAGACCAUGAAGCAUGCUGGAAGCUUCAGUAUUAAGGGUCCAAUUUUCUUUCCAUCUCUCUUGAGUGGUAUAAUUUUGGACCAAUAUCCAAACAUUCUCAACGAACAUGAUGUGGUGUGCAAAAGAGAAAGUCCCUUGGCUUUCCAUUACAAACUAUUUAAGAGAAAGCAUGUUCCAGACAUUGUCAUGACAUCAGCUGAAACUUCCAAAUCAGGAGCAUCAGUCAUUAAAGCAGAAGUCAUAGUAAUCUUAAAAGAGACUUGCAAAUAA